AUGCUGGGUCGUAUUCUGCCUUCGGUUGCCUUAACGUCUCCCAUCAGAUGUGUGGUUAGUUUCUCCACUGCUGCUGCUGAUACCUCAGCCCGUUCAGAAGCAAACUCUCCUGUGGCCACACAAAGACCGCUACCGAAACUUCCAAACAGUCCUUUUGUGGAGAUCCCGCAGGCUUGGGUGUCGUCGUUCGAUUCAAUUGAAGAACGUAAAGUAGACCUUAUUAAUCUCCACCCGGAUAUAUUUCGAGUUCCUCCACGACUGGAUUUGUUGCACAGGAAUAUCACCUGGCAGUCAGUAUACCGCAAUGUGCAACUGACGAAACAGCUCAGCCGUGCUGAAAUGCCUGGCGGAGGACGGAAACCGUGGCCACAGAAGAAAACGGGACGUGCUCAUGUCGGUUCCAUACGCAGUCCACAAUUCACUCACGGCGGUUUCGCCAAUGGUGUUCGUGGACCGCGCACAUGGUUCUACAUUCUCCCCGAUGCUAUAAGAUUAAAAGGUUAG